AUGAUCAAAUCAUUCAAAUCAUCAAUUAUCUUCUUGGUCCUUGCAAGUGCUACAUUAUUCACCAAUGCACUUCCUACUGCUGAUACACCUGGGAACGAAAUUACAUUAGACACCGCCACCCUCUGCACCUACCUUCCUCCUGCACCAGGAGGUAUUAUUGCUGAUCACGAAAACGAUGCUUUACCAUUCUGUAAUACAACCACCCCUCCAGAAGUACAGGGACCAGUCAGUCUUAUUCCUAGCGGAUUUAUUGUAUCAGCACAUUACCUAGCUGAUUGGGGAUACGUUCAAUAUACAGGUAGAAUCAAUCGAGACGCAUACCAAUUACGUGCAGAUGAUGAAGGUGGUCAAUAUGAUAGUGUAGGAGCUCCACCAGGUGCAGCAUGUGUGGGAUAUAGUUAUGUAAAAUUUGUGAACUUAAUCGAACCAAAAGAUGGACGUUUCUGUAUCCGUUGUUGUUCUGAUGCAAGCAAAUGUAAUACUAGUGAGAGUACUAAAGGAUGUCCAGUUAUUGUCCCUGGUGAUUACAGUUAA